AUGGCUGCACAGGCAGACCUGCCGUCGCGUGAGCCCCCACCACCCUCAGAUACCGGUAGACUAGCUAGCAUAUUGAAGAAAUUUCUUGGGAAGGAAAACAUGCUGACCUCUUCGACAACACAUACUCAAGAGUCCAAAGAGUCCAAGACAUCUUUGGAAUCUUCGCAUAGCUCAGGCAUAAUCAGAAGGGUCUCGAGGAAAGUUUUUGUCCCUACUUUGCCCCGCGCUAAAACUUUCAAGAGACAGCAAUCCGAAGGGAGGGAGAGGCUCGCGCCACAGGAGCCCACGCCAGCCGAGCGUAGGGCUGUUUCGGCCGAUAGGCGGUUGCGAGGUAGUCAACGCAGUAUCUCCCGCGUACACCAAACCAUUCCGCGCUCAAGUGCGCCCGAUUUUUCCCACGAUACUCAAGCUUCCCUUAGCCCCCCUGCCGUGAUAUCACAGCAGGUGACGCCGGCUGCUCAAACUCCCAUCGAUGAAAAACAAUCAUUAGGGCUUCAAGAUGUGGGCAGGGCCAGUAUAGAAGGGGACCAACAUGUCGGAUCUAUACCGGUACCCAGCUAUACAGAAACUCUCUCGCCUGUCUCACCCUUUGAUGCUCAGUCCACUACGACAUCUCAGUAUGAUACAAUGAUCAAUGAUGAGCUUGAACGAAAGUGGAUUUUGAACCUGAGUAUGCACUUUCGAGACAAGUCGAAGAGAGAGAAAUUUUUCGUCACUUAUCGAGAGGACGAAAACACCUGGAGACGGGUGACAAUCUCUCUAGAUUAUCGAAAUGCGCCAGACGAUUCAUUGGAGAAGGAUCUCCUUCACAUCAAAUUUCAAAGGGAGAAGAGUGCCAAGAUCUACGAGGCGAUACGCGAUAGUCUUCACGAUAUUGAAUUCUACCCUACUGUCACUAAUCUUAAGCUUCAGACGACGGAAGGGAGAUUGCAUGUUCACGUGGUAGAAGAUGUCAACGAGAUCAUACAAUAUCCCACUGUUCGUCUAGUUCAACACUUGAAAUGCCGUCGCAUCAGGGAGAGAGAUCUUUUUUUCGACUCGCAUAUGUCAGGAUUUGUCUACAAGGUUCGCGUAGCUGGAAAAACACUCAUCAAGAAAGAGAUUCCAGGGCCGGACACGGUGGAUGAAUUUCUCUACGAAGUCAACGCUCUCAACUCUUUACGGUUUUCCCAAAACGUGAUCGAAUUCUACGGAGUGGUGGUUGACAAUGAGGACGAAUCUGUGAAAGGCUUGCUCAUCAACUACGCCGAGAAGGGUGCGCUUAUUGACGUGAUCUACGAUUCCCAAGAAGAAGAUCGUCCCUUACCAUGGCCCCUCCGAGAGAAGUGGGCGAGACAGAUCGUUCAAGGUGUAUCGGAUGUUCACGAAGCCGGGUUUGUACAGGGUGAUCUUACGCUCUCUAACAUCGUCAUUGACUACGAAGACAACGCGAAAAUAAUAGACAUAAACAGACGUGGAUGUCCGGUAGGCUGGGAGCCUCCAGAGGCGACUGCGCUUAUUGACACGAAUCAGCGAAUUUCGAUGUACAUCGGUGUAAAAUCCGAUCUCUACCAACUAGGAAUGGUUUUGUGGGCACUUGCGACGCUGGAGGAUGAGCCGGAAGCACAUGGACGUCCGCUUCGUUUGGCUUCCGAAAUCGAAGUCCCGACGUGGUACCGCACGAUGGUGGAGUAUUGCUUGCACGAAGAUCCACGUGUUCGACUUCAAGCUACCGAACUGCUUACGUUGUUUCCCGAGCCCGCGUCUCACGACGACGACUUCAGUGGGCAGGAUUUGCCUUCCAUUUCCGUCGAUGAUGGGGUUUCUCUCCGGGAAUACAUAGUGAGAGGAACUCAACCCAACGGUCAUUCCCAAGUGAGACCAGUUCUGCCUCACAACGGCUGGUCAUAUGCUCAAUUCGGUAAUACACAUGCUACGUUCAGUCAUACACAUGCUACAUCGCCUGGCUACUCCGACGAUCCGUACCACUAUCCAUCGAGGGGACGAUCUCCGGCCAGAUCACUGCCGAGUAACCACGACAUGUAUAGUCCGCCAUACAUGGAUCGGCGCAACAUGUGGUCCAAUAGAACUAUAGAACCUUCUGCCAGCCACGUGGAUCUAGGAGAAGAGGGUGAGAGGGUCGACACACCGAGGGAAAAUCACGCUCCGGGAGAAAUAGCGGCGAAAUUACAACGAGACUUGGAUCAAUUGGAGGCGGAGGAAACACAGAAAACGGGUGGCGAAUCUCAGCCAAAUGGCGCCACGCUGGCAACCGGUGCGAGCAGAGAGCCUGAGGUAGCCGACGAGGCCGUCAAAGAUGCCUUACCUCUAGCUGACAAUGGUACAGAAGCUGUCACACCUGUUUACAGGCCUACUACGAAGGCUACGUUCGAUAGGGAAACGAAUCUGGAAGAUUCGCAACAUGAGACUAGGGACGAGAUUCCGAGGCAAUCCGAAAUAAUAGGAACCAGCGAAACGAGGGGCGUGGGGACGGACAUCCUUGGAACGCCUAUCCAAAUCGACGAUGCCGUUCAGCCGCCAGAAGAAGUUGAUGGUGAAAGCGAAUCACUAAACUAUACACACGACAGAAGAGAGGACGUGCCAGCGCGAUCAACAGAAGCGUCGCCGUCAAGAGCAGCCAGGUCUCCACCCAAAAACGUACCGGCUGAGCUGACAGGCAUCGGGUCCGCAUACGAUAAACAGCACGAAGAAAUUCGUAAACUAACAUUCUCGGAAGAAGACCUAGGUCUAGCGCCAACAGCUACGAAUAAAUGCGACAUCUCUAGCCUGAGAAUAUGA